AAACCAAAACUUGCCAACUUACUCGGACUGCUUUGUCGUGGCGGAAGUGGAGAGAAUUCGUCAAGCGGCUGGAAAUGAAACCCGGAAGCUGUUGCUAGCUCCUAAACGUAGGAGGAGCGUGUAAUGUGUACAGCGUGGCUGCAAGCGACUCUUGUUUUCUAUCAUACUGUCGAACCACUCACUCACUGCCACACCAGUUUUGACGCCCAGGCACUAUGAGCAGAGAGCUCAACGUGCCCACGGGCUCGCCGGCCCCGGGCAUGUCGGAGCGGGCCACGGAUGUGGGCGGCGGCAUGGACUACAGGGACUGGGUGCGGCGCAGCUACCUGGAGCUGGUCAGCUCCAACCACCACUCGGUGCAGGCCCUCUCCUGGAGGAAGCUCUACCUGAGCAGGGCCAAGCUCAAGGCCUCCAGCAGGACGUCAGCGCUGCUCUCUGGCUUCGCAAUGGUGGCCAUGGUGGAGGUGCAGCUGGAGAUCCAGUACAGUUACCCGCGCGCGCUGCUAGUGGCGUUCAGCGUGUGCACCACGGUGCUGGUGGCCGUGCACCUGUUCGCGCUGCUCAUCAGCACGUGCAUCCUGCCCAACGUGGAGGCGGUCAGCAACAUCCACAACCUCAACUCGGUCAGCGAGUCGCCGCACGAACGCAUGCACCACUACAUUGAGCUGGCGUGGGGCUUCUCCACCGCGCUGGGCAUCCUGCUCUUCCUGGCCGAGGUGGUGCUGCUCUGCUGGAUCAAGUUCCUGCCCGUGGACUCGGGCGGUGCCGUCGCGUCCACCGCCUCGCCGGCGGCCGCGCGGGACAGCGGCUGGCGGGCGGCGCUGGCGUCCACCAUCAUCAUGGUGCCCGUGGGCGUCAUCUUCGUCGUGUUCACCGUCCACUUCUACCGCUCGCUGGUGCGCCACAAGACGGAGCGCCACCACCAGGAGAUCGAGGAGCUGCACAAGAUCAAGGUGCAGCUGGACGGCCAGGAGAGGGCGCUGCAGGUCGUGUGACCUCCUUUGCGGAUUUGGAAAGGGAAAAACAUCGGCCACCAGCUUCUGUCCCUGUCACUGCUAUUUAUUCCAAAACGUCAACUUACUGUACACUUAAAGGCGUCCAUUUUGAGCUACAUGCAUCCAUAUUGUGUUUUAAAAAAUCAAUUUUGCCUUUUUUUAUUUUUUUUUUUAUUAUAAUAUAAAGAGUCAAUUUUGUCCUUCACUUGUCCAGUUUGCGCUUUAGGCUAUUGAAAGCCAUUACAGCAUUAUUCGCUAUCCUUGAUAUCCUGCUGAGGCUCCUUGUUCUCACUAGUAAGACAAUUCAGCACUAGUAGGAUGACGAGGGUGUCUAAUGAGUAAUGGUUUUUUUGUUUUUGUUUUUUUUCACUACCACAUGAACCUCAAAUGGCUGUUUGAGCAUUUAUUUAAUGUCUUUGAUAUAUGCUGGUACGCACUGUGUCCUCAUUCGGUAAACAAUUGUCAACUCAACUUUAUUUAUAGAGCAGUUUAAAAAUAUCACAGCUGAACAUUAUGUAAAAAACGUAAAAACUAUUAAACGUAUGGCAACUCAAAAUAACAAAAUAAUAGCAACGUUAAAAACAAUAAAACACUACAACAGUGCAGUUCUCAUGCUGAGUUGAAUAAAGCGCUAGUAGAACAACUGUGGCUUACGAGUAAUGUUUUGUUUUUCCACAACUGGGACCACUUUCAGCCUACUAGUUCAACCUUAAGAUGGAUAUCAAGAAUAUUGACCAAACGCUCAACCGACUUUGAUAUCGAAUAAAUGCUCAAAUGGCUUUCAAUAAAGGUUAUUCGAUUGCUUUGACAUCCAGCUUAAGGUCCAUGUACUAGUGCGCUCAUUGUCCUCAAUAGGAAGACCACUAGUAGAAUGACUGUGUCUUGCUCGUUUUUUCUACUACUAGUGCCGCUUUUGGCCUACUGUUACGACCUUUAGCUUGAUAUUGAUGGCUUCAAUGUCCUCGACAAUAAACGCUCGCGUGGCGUGUGCGGUACUAGUACACUCUUUGUCCUCAACAUUCAGCGCACUAGUAGAAGUUUGUAAAUUCCUGACUUAUUCCCUGAUAUUUCCAUGGAAAGUUUCCGACUUUCUUCCCUCGAAUUCUGCACCCCUUCCAUUUAUUCCUAAACAUCAACUUACUGUAAGAUUUAGUUUUAGGCGUGCAUUGUGCGCUUUCGCCCACGUCAAGCUUGAGAUCCAUUUGCAAGUUGGUUCUUUGCCCUCACUAGUAGUUUUUCCCCCCCCCCCCAACUAAUGCAUGACCUUCAGCUGGAUAGCAAAGGAAUGUUUCGAUACCCAUUUGGUCUGUUCAUUGAGUCGGUGAAUGUUUAGACAAAAACGGGCUGUGAUGUUUGUUCUCGGUGCCGUGUUGUUGUUACCACGGUUUCACAUGACCUGCCGUAUAUCAGCUUUGUGAUUUUUAGCCCUUGUGUGGUGUUUUGACUUUGCUAUUUCAGCCAGUCUGUGGCUCUGCUGGAAAUCUGUUGACCAGUGGGACAAAUGGGUAUUUGACUUGCGGAAAGUGUCGGUGCUUGAAUUUGACAAUUUUGCCAAGGAGUCCGAUAUAAAUUCUUCUAUUAAGCGCCGGUUCCACAGACCCAAACACCAUACAAGGGUUAAUCUGAAAAACACCAGAAGUGGUUUUCUUUGGUUCAGAUCAAAUAGAUAUACAGUAAUAGAAACAAAUAAUUAUUUUAAGUGGACGGUGAUGUGUUGCUCCUUUUGUUUUGCUGUACGUGCUCACAGGUCACAUCAUUAGGAACACUGCCUUCAUUAAUAUGGAAUGGUGGGUGGCUAGGCUUGGUUAGCUGCACAGUACCAGGACUUUAAUUGUAGGAAUGAUUAUUUUUCUCUCUCUCACAAGUGAACAGUCAUGUAAACAUCGUUGCUGUCCAAGGGAAAUUAUCUGCACUUUUUUUAAUAUAAAAGUUUAUUUUAUUUUAUUUAUUUUUUAAAGCUCACAAAAUUAUCACUGUACUGUUUUUUUUUUUUUUUUUUUUUUUUUUUUUAAAGAUUUGACAGCCACAAUAUUUUACAAAUUUCGUUUGUGUAUAAUAUGACAAAGAUCAUAUAUUGCCGCUGUCCAAUGAAAAGCAUGCAUCUCCAAGUUUUAGGAUUAGUUUUUCUCAUGGUUGGGAUGUAACAAAAACACAAAAUUGUUACGUCAUACUUUCUUUUUAUUGGAGAGCCUGAUAUAAAGUAAAGCAAUAUGUGGACAGGGACCGGGCCUGACCGCAAAUAGCCAAAAUCUGCGAAUAAUUGAUGCCCAUCAUAAUUGCAUUGAAAAACAAAAUAGUGAAUAAGCGGGGAUAUAAUGACAAUGGGCGAUUUCAGGGUUGGUCCCCCCUCAAAAAGAAAAAAAUCUGUGGCUGCUGAACCGUCAAUAUGCGGGAGUCCACUGUUGAUAUUAAAUAACAAAGCUAGAUUAUCUUUCCAAUCGGAAAACUAUACAGUACGUCCUUAUUUUAGAAUGGUUUCUUUUUGUUGGGGAUGCUAGCAUUUGAUUGGAAAACCAAUAAAUUACAAUAUGCACACUAUGUUAUAGAUCCGAAUAUAUUGUUACUGUCCAAUGAGAAGCAUGCAUCGCCAAAUGGGGAUUAUUAUUAUUUUUUUUAUGUUAUACAUAUAAAACAUUUUCCUUGGACAGCAAUGUUAUGAUUAUAUAUUGUAUUGCUAUUAUUAAUUAAAUGUCCAGUCUCAUUAACUAUAUUGUCCUAUUUAAUUGUGUAACUACUUUGGUGUUACAGUAAAGGUCAUUACUGAUACCUCGUGGUACUACUUGGUAAUUUUUUUUCUUCGGGGUUUAUUUGUCCAAGCAGACCUCGCAAUUACUUGAGGCACGGUGUCUAUUUGUUACAUUUCCUCAUAAAGUGGCCUGCGCUCUAAGGGAUGCAGUGCCUCAAUGACUUGACAAUAUGGUUGCCUAGCGACCAAUGUCAAUCCGACGAGCUGCGCUCCAUCCAAUUAGGUUAUACUUGUGUUCUUAAUGAAGUGGCCCCUGAGUAUAUAAAAAUGUUACCGUCUCCGCCCCCCUCUUCUAUGCUAUUUGUGUGUAAAUGUUAUCAAAGCCAAAUCUGUCAUGUUAAUAUUUGUCAUCAAUGGAUGUGAUGUCUUCACUGCAUGGGUGAUGAUUUAACUCUUAAGAGUCUUAAUCCAGGUUUGGUCAGUUACACUGUUUUCACCUCUUCCCCCCCCCCUCCCCCACACAUAGCCUUUAUUGACAAAUCUCACGAAGCCUUCAGGUGCCGCUGCAAGCGAUAAACUCUUCCAUUUUCUCACUCGCGAGAGCUCAAAACCAAAAGAAUGUUUCGGACGCCAAUUGUAAGAAGUUAGUGACGACGACGCUAACGUCCUUGGCUAACUAAGAUGACACCAACUUUCUUAAUUAGCUAAGACAGCGCCAACUUCUUUAGCUAGCUACAAAAACAGCAAGUAUCUUAGCUAGCUAGAAAGACGGCAACGUCCUUAACUGGCUAAGAAGAUGUGACUUUGCGCAGAAAUUCUUAGAUAUCUAAGAUGAUCCCAUCUUCCUUAGAUAGCCAAGAGGCCGACUUCGUGUGGACUUUCAUAGCUAUAAGUGGUACCAAACUCAUUUUUGCCACGGGCCGCAUUGUAGUUACGGUUUCUCUCAGAGGGCCGUCAUGACCGUAAAACCAUAUACUGUUUUUAAUCACCUCCUCAUAUUGUUAAGUACCCAACAAAUGGAUGGAUAACUCCUUUUGAAAUCAGAAGGAUAAUAGUUUGUUCAAGUUACUGUCAAAAGGUGUUUGGUAACAAAAACAUGCUUGCAAUAUCUCAAACUUAUUUAUUGCAUAUGACAAUUAGAAAUUUUGUUACACAUUUUUGCAAGAAUCAUGGAGGUUCAAGCACGAUUUUCUCUCACAUAUAAAAUGAUGUGGCAGUCCAGAUCUGGCCCCCAGGCCUUAGGCUAUCAGAUAUGUACUUCCCAGCUAGCCAAAACUCCAACUUCCUUAUGUAGCUAAGACAUCGUCAACUUGCUGAGCUAGCCACAAAGAUGUCAACUGUUUAAGCUAGCUCGGAAGAUAACUUCCUUAUGGAAAGGACAACUUCAAACAGAUUUGCUUGGCUAUCUAAGAUGACGCCAAUUUCCUUAUGGAGCUAGGAAGAUGCCAACUUCCUCCGCAAAUUAAGACGACACCAAAUUCCUUACGCACGUAAGACCAUUAAUGUCAACUCCCUUGGCUAGCUACACACUUGAUGACUCGCUUAGUUAGCUACAGAGAGGUCAAGUUCCUUUCGUAGCUAAGUCAAUGUCAACUCCCUUAGCUAGCUACAAAAUUGCUGUCUUGCUUAGCUAGUUACGGAGACGUCAAGUUCCUUUCGUAGCUAAGAUAAUGUCAACUCCCUUAGCACAGCUUUGCUUCAACGUCCAUCGGUUUCAUGGUCAAAGCUCGAUGGACAAUGACCCCAGCUGUUGUCAGGUGACUCACUAUCGCCCUCCAUUCUGAGGUGAAAAAUGGUAUUACAAGUGAGCUAGCGACUUUUUUUAGAUUUUAGAUUCCAGAAUGCACCUUUGAACUCUGUCAACGCGUUAUUUUCUCCUGUUUACACGAGCUCUAUUCCUAAGAAGGUUCGUCAUGUUUUUAUUUCAUAAAAGUGUCACCGAGACCUCCCUCCAAGCAUCUGAAUGUACCUUUUGCUCAGUAAAGUGUCUUUUUACUGACUUUGUGUUUCCGGUAUCACGUUCCACACAAGUCAACUGUUCAGCCACGCCACCAACAAGGUCAAAAGGGCCACCACCCUCAUACUUUGUCUUGGCUGCUGGUUGAACAGUUCAACUCGUUCACAUCUCCUUUUCAACAUGUCCUGCUUCUUUCAUACGAUCUGCUUCUAAUUAAACACCUUUCUUCUUGC